AUGCGACGAAUUGAAGCAUUAGUGCUCCUAAGCACUCUUUCAGCCUCUGUGCUCGCAUCAGCGUCCCCCAGACCCCGUGGAGUCGGACCUGAAUUUGCCAAAUUCUACAAAUCCCCAGAUAGCUUCACAUGUAUCUCGCAGCCAUCAAUUAAACUCUCCGCAUCCCAGGUCAACGACGAUUACUGCGAUUGCCCCGACGGCUCGGACGAACCUGGCACCGCAGCCUGCACAUUCCUCUCUCCCCUCUCCCCUCCACAACCUCUAGGUGGCCAGAACGCUACACCUGCCCUGCCAGGCUUCUACUGCAAGAAUAAGGGCCAUAUCCCCGGCUACAUACAGCAGACCCUUGUCAAUGACGGCGUAUGCGAUUACCAGGUCUGCUGCGAUGGGAGCGAUGAGUGGAGCGGGGUAGGCGGUAUCAAAUGCGAGGACCGGUGUAAGGAGAUUGGGAAAGAAUGGAGACGUAUCGAUGAGAUCCGACAGAAGAGCGCGAUGAAUGCUUUGAAGAGGAAGGAGGAACUGCUCAAGAAAGCCGCAGAUUUGAGGGUUGGUGUUCAGAAUAGCAUUGUAAAUUUGGAGGGGGAGAUUAAGAUCGCGGAUGCCAGAGCACAAGAGUUGAAGCAAGUUUAUGAGGAGACUGAGAGAAGAGAACGCGGCAAGGUCGUUAGUAGCAAGGGGAAGGGGAGCAAAGUUACGAUACUGGCGGGGUUGGCGAAGCAGAGGGUUGAGGAGUUGAGGGAUGCUCUUGUACGAGCUAUUUCGAAGAGAGAUGCGCUUAAAGAGAAAGUUAAGGAGUUGGAAGGUAUCCUCGCUACUUUCAAGGAGGAGUAUAACCCUAAUUUCAAUGACGAGGGUGUGAAGCGCACUGUCAAGGCUUGGGAGGACUAUGCUGCGAAUAGGAAGGCUACUGAGGAUGAAUCUACGGAGGAGCGCGAUGUCGAGGAGGUUGCUAAGCCGGAUACUGAGACUGAGGGUAUCAAUUGGGCAGAGUGGGAGACGGAAGGGGAGGAGAGCGAUGUUGAAGCGCUGUACAAAUUCGAAGCAUACCUUCCAGCACCAGUACGCAACUGGAUACAAGCAAAACGAGUCCUCAUCCGCGAGAUUCUCAUCGAGAACGGCAUCCUUGCUAACAAUGGCAACUCCGCCACUGAAUCCAAAGCCGUCACGAACGCACGCUCCGCGUACCAAAAUGUCGAAAAUGACGUGGCCGUCAAGCAGACUUCACUAAACGACCUUAAAACCGAUCUCGACAAGGACUACGGCCCUAACGACAUCUUCCGCGCACUGAAAGGCACAUGCAUCUCCAAGGACUCUGGCGAAUAUGAGUACGAGCUCUGCUGGAUGGACAGCACCUCGCAGAAGAGCAAGAAAGGUGCGGGGAAUACAGGGAUGGGGAAUUUCGUGCGGUUUGAUACGAUGGACGUGGAUGAGGAGGUUGGUGUUGACGGGAAAGGCCUCGGGCAGGGCAAGCGGAUGGUUAUGAUGUAUGAGAAUGGCCAACACUGCUGGAAUGGGCCCAAUAGGCAGACUACUGUCGUUCUGGGCUGCGCAGAACAUGAUGAGAUCUGGAAGAUCGUGGAACAAGAGAAGUGUAUGUAUCGGAUGGAUGUGGGCACUCCAGCUGUUUGUGAGAAGGAGACGAGGGCCAAGCAAGGGAGUGGGGAGGGGAAGGCGAAGGAGAAGGAUGAGUUGUAA